UUGUCAUGAACAGUCUCAGCGCAGUUUGGAAUAAACUUUCAGAGGAAAGACACUGAAAAAUAAAGAGGAUUUUUCAAAAGUUAGUUAUCUUUUAAAACUAGCAGGUUGUUAAACCUUUUUAAGUAAAACAAUUUUAGGUGUUAAACCAGUUCUGUCGUGCAAUUUCUUCGUGUGAAUGUCAACAAUGGCGGAAUCGACAUCUUCAAGUUCUUCGGAAGGCAAUGAAUUGAAUGAAAUGAGCGAACAAGCCCAGCCAGUUCUUGUUACGUUUGAUGAUGUGUCAACAGCUCAGUCAAGAAUCCAAGAUAGCGUGCCUCAAACUCCUUGCGAGUACUCAAAAAUGUCUGAUGCACUGGGUAUGGAAGUGUAUUUCAAAAAAGAUUACCUUUUACCCACUGGAAGUUUUAAGGAAAGAGGAGUAAGAAAUGCACUAGAAACGCUGUUUGAUGAUCAAAAGAGAAAAGGGGUGAUAGCUGCCUCAGAUGGAAACCACGCCUUUGCUCUAUCAUACCACGGGCAACAACUAGGCAUUCCAGUCACGGUUGUCAUGCCAAAGAAUACACCAAUUAACAAAAUUGCAUCGUGUAAAAAAUACGGCGCCACUGUACACGAGCUAGGGACGAAUCUCAUUGAGUCAGAAAACUUCGCCCUGGAAAUGGCUGCGACAAAAGAAUUGCAAUACAUCAACGGAUGCGACGAUCCCAGCAUCAUUGCAGGAGCCGGAACGAUGGGUCUGGAGAUUAUGCAACAAGUAAAUGAUGUUGAUGCUGUCAUUAUUCCUGUGGGUGGUGGUGGGUUGAUUGCAGGUGUUGCCGUUGCAGUGAAGGAGCUAAGUCCAAAAACCCUUGUCAUAGGUGUCGAAUCAGAGCAAUGUGCAAGUUUUACUGAAGCAAAAAAUAAGGGUGAACUAGUAAAGAUAGAUGCAAAUAAGGAGAUAACAUUGGCUGAUGGUUUAUGCGUUUCGAAAGUUGGCAUAAAUGCCUUUCAUACAGCAAAACCUCACAUUGAUAGAAUGAUCACAGUACAUGAAGAUUACAUCGCACUAGCUGUACUACGAUUGCUCGAGGAGGAGAAAGUUACAAUUGAAGGUGCUGGUGCAGUUGGUCUUGCUGUCUGCCUUACAGAACAAGUGCCUGAACUAAAAGAAAAAAAGGUUGUCAUUGCUCUUUGUGGUAGAAACAUUGAUUCAAUUGUGUUGGGAAGGUGUUUGGAUCGUGGCCUGGCCGCUGAUGGUCGUUUGGUGCGUUUCGUGGUCACAGUAAGUGACAGACCUGGAGCGAUAGCUGAUGUCACUCAACUGGUGGCCAGUGUUGGAGCAGACGUUAAAGAUAUUUUCUACGAAAGAGCUUGGUUGUUUUCAAGUGUAUUCAGCGUCCAGGUCAAGAUUGUGGCCAGGGUGCGAGACCGUAAUCAUGGAAAAAAACUCAAGGAAGCUUUGAUUUCAGACUACAGCGACGAAGCAGUGAUUUGGCCUUCUUUCGAUAACGGUUCUGGUGAUAGGGAAUCUUCGCUAUAUCAAUCAGAUAAGGAUGAUAAUGAUGUUGACAUCGCUGACAAGCUUUCGGGAGAAAGGCCAAAUUCUAAAAAAAGGGAAUGUUUGCCAUAUCAGUCAGAAAAGAAUGAUAAUGAAGUUCACUUCACUGCAGAGCUUUCCAGAAAAAGGCCAAAAUCACAAUCGCAAGAGUGGAAAUACAUAGGUGAAUCAGCAAAACAUAAAAAAAUGUUUUCUAAAAUGACCCAAUUUUGGCCGAAUGGAGAAUUUUGUAAAAUUGUGGGAGAUGUACGUGUGAUUUUCUCAAACGAGUUUUGCAUUGGCAAAGGAAGUGAUGGAAGCCGAGUUUUUCUGGGACUGAAAUUGGAUGGUUACGGCAAGGCAGUGAAACGAAUAUUUCGAGAUAACUGCAUUGAUUCAGCUCAUCAAGAAAAGGAAAUUUUAAGUAAAUUCAACGCAAAGCAGUCAAAAUAUGUUGUCAAUUAUUACUCCUUAGACGAGGGUACCGGAACUGAAUAUGUGUAUCUGAUAUUAGACUUAUGUGAAGACUCACUAAAGAAUUUUGUCAAAUCGUCUACUUUGCAAGAUCUUAAAAAAGCUCUUCCAGAAAUUGUUAAAAACAUUCUGAAAGGAUUAGCUGAUCUUCACAGUGGACAAGAAGCUAUUCUUCAUCGAGAUUUGAAGCCGUCCAAUGUUCUCUUAGACUCAAAAGGCAACUUUCUUAUAGCAGACUUUGGUAUUAGUCAAAUUUUGAAGAAUGAAACAAACACAUAUGAAAGCAAGGCUAACAAGGGAACCGAGUAUUGGAUAGCCCCUGAAUCAUAUUGUGAGGUUGAAGAUUCAAUUGAUAAAGGACGGUACAAAAAAGAAUCUGAUGUAUAUAAUGCUGGACUGGUGGCUUAUUAUGUUGCAACAAAAGGGAAACAUCCUUUUGGAACGAAACGGCAUAGAUUGGAUAACAUGUUGAAUGGAGACCCUGUUGGCUUCAAGGAACUUAAGGAUGAAAGCUUAAAAGACCUUCUGUCGUGGAUGUUAAAUCUGAAACCCGAAGACAGACCAUCUGCUAACAUGGCGUUAAAACACCCAUUUCUGAUGUCAGAUGACGAGAAAUUUGACUUGUUAUGUAAUGUUGGUAACGAAUUGCCUACUACGACAAAUCAUACCCAGUCAAGUGUCGCUAAACAAUUGGAUAGCGAAAAUUCAGAAUGGAAAAGUAAAAUAGAUCGUGAAGUAUAUGACUUUUUAAGAAAGGAUAAGGUGCAUGGAAAAAUAUAUAAUUAUGGUCCUUUAUUGACAGAAUGCUUGAGACUUAUUCGAAAUAUAGGCCAACAUUGGUACGAUCGACCACGGCCAAGACCACAAACAUUUUAUAAGAUUGGCGAUCACAAGGCAUUUUUUAUCAAGAAAUUCCCCAAUCUCCCUGUUUGGGUGCAUGCUGCUGUGAGGUCAAAUGAAGAAUUUAAAACAAUACAGAACUCAAGAACUUCUUUAAUGAAAGCGAAUCACGUGAAUGAACAGUUUAAAGAGAAAAGAACCUGUUUGAAGGAAAGGCAAUGAUAAGUAUUUGUAUGAAUGUACAUUAAAACCAUUUUUACUUCCCAGUUCCAUACGUUGUAUAUAGUUGUUCGGUAUUUGUAUAGUUCUCAGUUUUUUAAUGAAAGUUUCAGUGGAUUGUA